GGACUCCGAGGGUGACACACCUCUUCACGAUGCAAUAUCGAAGAAACGGGACGAUAUGUUGGCUCUUUUGUUGGAUCACGCUGCGGACAUCACACUUACCAACAAUAAUGGCUUCAAUGCGCUUCACCAUGCUGCUCUUCGUGGAAAUCCAAGUGCUAUGCGCGUUUUGCUGUCGAAAUUACCGAGGCCGUGGAUCGUCGACGAGAAAAAGGACGAUGGAUACACGGCUCUUCAUCUGGCAGCUCUGAACAAUCACGUCGAAGUCGCUGAACAAUUGGCGCGUGCUGGAAAAGCCGAUCUAGAUUUGCAAAAUGUGAAUUUGCAGACCGCUCUACAUCUCGCCGUUGAACGACAGCAUACACAAAUUGUCCGAUUAUUGGUACGAGAAGGUGCAAAUUUGAACGUGGCCGACAAAGACGGUGACACGCCACUUCACGAAGCUCUGAGGCAUCACACUUUGUCACAGCUGCGACAGCUGCAGGACGUCCGAGACGUUGGUCGUCUUUUAAUGGGUCUUGGUGCACAGGGUCAGGACAAGAAAAGUAGUUCCUUCAUCGCUUGCUUCCUCGCAGCUCAUGGUGCCGAUCUAGAAUUGAAAAACAAAAAGGGCCAAACACCCUUGGAUCUAUGUCCAGAUCCAAAUCUUUGUAAAACUUUGACAACGUGUCACAAAGACAAAGAAUCACAUGACAUCGAAACCGCAGCACCAUCGGGAACAAUUGACGAAUGUCUCGUUUGCACCGAUGGAAAACGUGAAAUGCUUUUCAGCCCUUGCGGACACGUUGCCUGUUGCAACGUUUGUGCUCCAAGAGUGAAGAAAUGUCUUAUCUGCAGAGAGAAUAUUCUUACAAAACUGAAGAUUGAGGAGUGCGUUGUUUGCUCGGAUCGCAAGGCCAGUGUCCUAUUCCGUCCAUGUGGUCACAUAUGUGCCUGUGGGAGUUGUGCUGCCUUAAUGAAGAAAUGUGUUCAAUGCAGAACACAAAUUCAGCACAUGGUACCGCUGUCAAUUUGCUGCGGCGGAGGAGGUGAUGUCACUUACAUUAAGGGGUGCAAUGCCUCAGGAACCAUAUCAGAAGUUAAAGCUGACGUAGAAGAAGAACCGGUGCCAAUACCGACAGCCAAUACCAACACCAAUACCAAUACCAAUACCAAUACCAAUACCAAUACCAAUACCAAUACCAAUACCAAUACUAAUACCAAUACUAAUACCAAUACCAACACCGGUGGUGGGGAAGCUCUUUUGAUGAACAAUGGAAGUCGAGACACGUCUCACAGCGAUAUUCAGAAACUUCAACAACAAUUGCAAGAUAUCAAGGAACAAACAAUGUGUCCAGUUUGUUUGGAUCGUUUAAAAAAUAUGAUCUUCCUCUGCGGUCAUGGAACCUGUCAAAUGUGUGGAGAUCGAAUGUCGGAGUGUCCAAUAUGCCGCAAAGCAGUAGACAAACGCAUUUUGCUCUAUUGAAUAGACUGACCGUUAGUUCUGAGUUAGGACUAUCGAAAUAUUAAUAAUAAUGAUAAUCUAAUAUUCUAAUAGUAAUUCCUAAUUGCAUAUUUAUAAUAUAACGCAAAAUGGAAUCGUAACGACCGCGAACUUUUUCCCAUUCCCUUAAUCAUCGCGAUGGUCCUAUUAUUAAUAUUGCAUGUUCAUUAUUUGAAAAAAAAGGUAUCUAUACGCGAUCGUAAAAUAAACAUUUCGUAAUUGUAUUUCGUAUAAGAAAUAUUUAGUAAAAAAAU